CGUACGUAUCAUUGUGCAGAGGGCGGACAUCACGUAUACUCGCAACGGACGAGUGCAUUUCGUUCGUCGACGCGGUGUCUCGCCCGAGGCCUAGCCAACGUUAAUCGGUACCGCAAUUUGUUCGACUCAACCGACGACGGAACGAGCAGAGAUGCCCGGCUCCAUGGUUUCCAGCGAAGGCGCCGCGUCCUUCGGAGACCCCGUCGAAGUCGUGCAGGGUGACCGCAUCAGGCCGAAAGCUAUCUACCGCAGCCGGCAGUUUCGGCUUAUGAGCGUGGACUCCACGCGUUAUCGGUGGCGUUGUACUGUGUCUAACUGCUCGUCGCGGCUCAUGACUGACAAGUUCGAUGAAAAGCACGUGCUGUACAGCUUCAAGGAACACGAUGAAAACGAGCACCGCGCUGCCGAAGAACGGAGACACUCCGAUAAAACCUUCAAAAGUCAGGUAGUGAAGAAGGUCGGCGAAUUCCUAUACGUGCCGGAGAAGACUGUCGGAGACAUAAAGUGCUGGCGCUGCCGGUACGUGAGCUGCUCCGCACGGUGUCGCACCAGCCUCGACGGCAAGCAGCUGCUGAACGGGCCAACGCCGCACACAUGCCAGUCAUUCACCAGGGAAGAGCAAGCCAGGCCGCCGCAUGACCAAUCUCUCUCGAGUCAACACACGCCUAUAGGUCUAAGCCAAGGUGUGGCAGGUACCAGCACAGAUGCUAGCGAACACCAACGGGAGCAGCGCAAUGAGAAUGCAGCCGAGCACGCAGAAAAUUUGUCAGCGUUUAGCCCGGAUGUUAUCUUGUGUGAACGGCCUACGCUUCGCUUUCAAGCAUCAUCGACAGCCGUUAAUGCGAGUGCUACCGAAUCCGAUGGGGAUAGUAGAUCAGCCCAUGAGACCACCUCAAGGACCGCAGAGGUAGCUGGCGUACCACACGCGGAAGCAGGCCAAUCACAUCGCGUCCCGAGCCUCUUCGGCAGUCAGAAAUGGACCAGCACACCAACGAAACCCCGUGAGGCAGCCACAAGUGUCGAGGAAGCCGACAUGGUUGCGUCGUUUGACAUUAACAGCGACGAUGACACAUUGGACGAGGACGAACGCUCAAGAAGAGGUGACGACGAAUACAACGAUGCCGAGGGGCAUCUGCGUUCGCGCUUGAGAUACGGUGAGAACAACAUGUCAAGCAUCAGGAGUGCCGCGAACUCCGCGCAAGCGCUGGAAAUGAUGUCCAGCUCGUGCACAUGCGCCGAGCAGAAGCUCCGAGUAACGAUUUAUCAGCAGAUUUCCGCUGUGCUAAGUAUGGAGGCAGAUUUGCUGAGGGAACAGAUGCGCAACGAGGUCCGCAGAGGCAGGCUGCUCGUUAGCCAGAUAAAGAAAGGGCCCUCUGCGGCAGAGUGAUUGUGCUCCAGGCGACUGGGCCACCACUCCAGCAACUGACACGAAGGCGUUUGUGAAUGACAGUAAGGCGCAACAUAGCAGCUCGGUGGCUACUUAAUGAGAUGCAUUUGGAAAGAAUAGAAACUCUCGUUACCGCGCGGUUCAUGUCUGCCAGCCACGUACGUGCGUGCUGCCCUGGCUCCAAGCAGGGUCACAAAUAAACGUUGAAUAGUAAAGUGUGGAGAAUGUAUGAUAAGACUUUUAGUGGUCACAAGUUCUCGCUAUAACGCCUAGAAAAAAUCAUGCAGCAAUAAGUAUGUGGUCACGGACACCGUUUUUGGCGGUCGGCUACAUGACACACACCUGCACGUGCCCCAGAAAGAUCCUCGAAAAGCCACGAUUGUGAGAUAUGGGAUGGCGUGGUCCUGUGAAUAAUAUGCAGUUUUCCCCGCCAAAAUCGUUGAGGACUCCACCCUGUGGUCAAAAAAACGCUACAUGCCUCCACGUGCUCUUUUAUUUGACCUUGCGUUUGUCCCAACGCAAGAAAAAUAAGUUCCGACGUGCGACUGCAUUAGCUGUUCUGGUGCAACAGUGAGAAAUGUGGCACAUAACAGCGAAGGAGGUCGCAGACAUCGCUUUGAAGCAAAGGAGCAAGACCUUAAGUUUCUGUCAGUAAGAGCUCAUUUGGAUUUAAGUUCUGGCUCAGGCCAUGCUGACUAUCCGAAUUUUACUGGAAAGUCUUCAAGACCAGCGGCCGUUUGUCACUGGUGCAGUAAUAUCUUGAAAUCCAUAUACACCUAAAUAUUGAAACGCAUCAAAUGUGGCAGAUGAAAAAAGUUGUCGCAGUUUCACCUGAAAGGCGAAGCAUCAAUUGCGAUAGCAAACUUGUAGAGAGCUAUACGGAGUAAUGUUAUUAGCUUUAUCAGCUGUAUAAACUUGGACAUGCAGCAGCACCGGCAACACGCAGAACUGUUGUCGACGCCAUCGGCGUUUUGCCCGCGUUCGUUCAAAAUGCGUGCGGCGUUGGUGACUGUUGCCGGAGCCUCUGAUAUAAAUAGGCACUGCGUGCCGCAGCUAAACGUCGCCUCCCUUCCCUCCCCCUCCCCCACGGCCUCUCGCGCGUCGGAAGAAGGCGCGUUUGCUCUACAUACAUGGUGAUUGUGAAGGAGAACAGAGACGCCUACUUCUGCAGCCCUUAAGCGAGCACGGCGCAGAACGCGCGUUUGUUCUCCGCCGUGCGUUCACUCCCCGUGACAGACGCGCCCCUCGCGCCCCUUCACUCGCACAUACAGCGUUCGGCGCGCGGCGACGAUUUCUUCUCCAAAUGACGUCAUACGGAACCUCACGGCGACGGCGACGGCGAUGGCAGAAAUCUGCUUUUGAGUGUCCAUAUAAUUGCUAUCGCAAUAAAAAA